AGUUGUGGAAAUUUGUACAAGCAAUGGGCGUACUAGAUUGUUGAAAGAAUACAAACUAUAUUGAAAUAUUGUGAUACUUUAGUUGGACGUGUUUUGGGAUAAAAUACAUGGAAGAAUAACAUUUCUCUUAACCCAAAUAAAAUGGAUCUUUGAAGCAUAAAACAUCAGUUUUCCUGUCUCCGAAGUACUAUAAAUUCCUCUCUCAGUCUCCCUGCCAUAUGCCACAAGAAAUAUUCCCCCAUUGCAUCCCUCUCAAAACCAGUAUUCACACCACAGGUUUUUCCACUUCCAUUAGUACCGUGGCACCGAAAUCACAAAAGAAUACUGCUCCAAUGCUCCUCAUUCUUGCAUUCUUGGUUGUAUGGGUACUGACGUGCCAAGCCCAGCUGCCACCACUAUCUGGGUUACUCCCGUCUCUGGUGACAUUUCCGGGGCAGACCAGAGAGUGCUGGUCACCUCUUGCUAAUAUAUCAGGAUGUCCAGAGGAAAUUUCUGGCUCACUUGUCAAUGGCCAAUUCAGCAUUACAGGGCCAGUUUGUUGCAAGGCCAUCAUGGAGAUUCCAGAUAAUUGCUGGAGUAAGAUUAUUCCCUUCAAUCCAGUCUUCCCUACAUUGAUCAGAAACUCUUGUGCUAGAGGUGCAGCAGUUGAUCCAGCACCUAAACGAAUUGAACAUGUCCAGGCCAGAAAGCCAUCUGUUUCAGGGCUUUUACCUUUGCAACCUGUAAAUAGAGCUAUGAGGCAGUGCUGGUCUUCUCUUGCAAACGUCCCAGGUUGUCUUGUGGAGAUUUUAAAUUCGCUUUUUACCGGUGAAAUUGGUGCUUAUGGCGCCGCAUGUUGCGAAGCCAUUACUCGGAUUAGUGACAGUUGCUGGACUCAACUGUUCCCGUUUAACCCAUUUUUCCCUUCAUUGGUUAUAGACUCUUGUGCAGCUGGUUCUUCACCUACAAGAAUAGGUCCGAACAUGGCAGCCAAGCACUCUUCGCCAGGGCCAUCGACAUUACCUUUCCUAGGACUGUCACCUGCAGGGCAGUCUGGGCAAGACAUUGCGCGGUGCUGGUCCUCUCUUUCGAGCGUAGAAGGUUGCGUUUCUGAUAUAUAUGGGUCACUUUCGAGGGGCCAGUUUAGAGGUAUUGGUACUGCCUGUUGCAGAGCCAUCACUGAUGUCAAUGACAUUUGCUGGCCACAGAUGUUUCCUUUCAACCCACUUUUCCCUCCAUUGCUCUAUAGUAAUUGUGCAUCGAUUGGUGGGGAAGCACGAGCACCUACUGGAAUUUGAACCUCCAUGACACUAGGAGGCUAAGAGCUGUAUUAGGAUCACAGUCUUUCUUUCUUUUUCCUCUGUGUCUCCCCUCUCAGUUUAUUGAGGAAGAUGUUUCCUUGAGUGCGCUGUUCAGGUUUUGUCAUCCGAAUCUAAUAAAAUGAACAGAUUGCAGUGAGCAUUCUAGUAGUUGCAUGUCAUUCUCGGUAUAUAUGAAGCUUAAUUAAAUUG